AUGUUCGGAAGUGCCGUAAAAAAAGUCAAAGAUUUGUAUAAAUGGCUAGACAAAUAUUCAGAUCCAAGAACAAAAGAUUUUCCUUUAGUUGAAGAUCCAUAUCCAGUGUGUUUGAUUUUCAUAAUGUACUUUAUUGGAAUUUGGGGAUUACUAAGAUACAUGGAGAACAAAAAGCCAUUCAAGCUGAAUAAAGUUAUGAUAUUCUACAACAUCGCAAUGGCAUGUAUAAGCUUAAAAAUCUUCAUAACAGCAGUUGAAUUCUCAUACAUGCUUGGACAUAAGUUUGUUUGUGAACCGUAUACAGUGAGCUAUGAUCAAUUGGAACUGAAAUUAUUAAAUAACAAUUGGUGGUACUACAUAAGUAAAAUUGUUGAAUUUAGUGACACGUUGUUCUUUAUUCUGCGCAAAAAGAACAGUCAACUGUCGUUCCUGCAUAUUUAUCAUCAUUCAUCAAUAUUCUUUUUGUGCUGGGUCGUUAUGAAAUGGUUUCCUUCGGGAAGUGUCGUUUCAGCACUGAUUCUCAAUUCCUUUGUUCAUGUCGUCAUGUACACUUAUUAUGGAUUAUCAGCUUUUGGGAAUCGUGUGAAAAAAUAUUUGUGGUGGAAGAAAUAUCUUACGGCGAUACAAAUUAUUCAGUUCCUGAUUGCAUUUUACAUUGCGACAUCAAACAUCAUUUAUGGAUGUAACUAUCCAUUUGGCUUGAAAUGUCUUGGAGUGUUGUAUGCAGCUUCUUAUCUGAUUUUGUUUGGCAACUUUUAUAGAAAAGCAUACCAAAAGAAGCUCAAGAAACAAAUUUAACUUGAUCAA